CACUUCACUGCCCUUUCCCUCUCACCUACCUCUUACUGCACUGUGCUUUUUGCGCCGCCAAGACUCCUCCAAGCUCCUGCCCCGCACCUGUGCAAAAUGUCUAGACUCGCUCAUCAAUCAUCCAAUUUGUCUCGCAAGGGAUUGCGGCGUCAGCCCACGAGUCUCUCGCGCACAGCCUCGUCAGCCGCACUUGGGUCCGCCGACCCGAUUGAGCAGUUGGAGGCCUCACUGCCAAAGGUCAUGCGUGUCAAUACCGAGGUAGAGAAAGCGCCCGUCAUCGACGAGGACGGAUACUUGAACAUGUUGGAAAAGCGCCUGUCAAUCAAGAACAUUGGCGUCAUCAUCGUCAGCGAGCUACUCGGAACUAUCCUGUUCCUCUUCUUCGCCUUCUUCGCCGCAACGCAGGCAUCGAAUCGCGGAAACGCUAUGAAGGAGGAGUUUCCCACCGCACCUCUCGACACUUCUGGGCUGCUCUUCUCGUCACUCGGAUUUGGUUUCUCGCUUGCUGUCAACGCUUGGCUCUUUUUUCGCAUUUCUGGCGGCCUCUUCAAUCCAGCGGUCACUCUCGCACUGACGCUGACUGGCACCCUCUCAGCGUUCCGCUGCGCUAUCCUGACCAUUACUCAAUUCGUCGGCGGUAUUCUUGCAGCCCUUUUGGUUACUGCGCUCGUACCUGGCCCCAUCAACUCACGCACGACACUUGGAAGCGGCGUCACAGUCGCGCAGGGCUUCUGGAUCGAGUUCUUUUGCACCGCGGAGCUCGUCUUUGCCAUCUUCAUGCUUGCAGGUGAAAAGCACAAGGGCACAUUCCUUGCUCCGGUCGGCAUCGGCCUUGCUCUAUUCAUUGCGGAGAUUGCCGCUACGAACUAUACCGGAGGCUCCUUGAACCCUGCUCGAUCGCUCGGUCCUGACGUUGUGACCAGGACUUUUGAAGGAUCAUGCUGGAUUUACUACAUUGCUCCUUACCUUGCCGCCAUCGUCACCUCUGGCUUCUAUUGGGCCUUGAAGUGGAUGCGCUACGAGACGGCAAACCCUGACCAGGACGCGGCUCAGGAGGAAGAGCGCAAAUCCUUCAUUCGCGACAUGAACGGCAAUAUCAUCGGCGAGCUCGACUCUGUUCCACUCAAGGACUGGGCCUCGUUGCAAGAUGUUGUCAUUGACGCAGCAUUGCCACAAGAUGAUCCUCACGGCGCUCAACAUGUCGUGCCCGGUAUCUCACACAAGGCGAGCGAGGCCGACACCUUGGGCGUCACCACAGACAGCAACGGCUUCGUGCCAGGCUCCAAACAAGACAUACCUCCAGUGCCACCGGUUCCGACUGAUUCUCGUCGACUCUAUCAACAAGACCGCACAAAUGACUGGGCUGGCCCGGUUGCCCAGUGAAGACCUCUUCACGGCGCUCCUGCCUGUAGCGAGC